GCGAGAGAGAGGCGGACAGAGGCGGACACGCACUGACUUGACUCCUCGGGCUGGACAAAGCAGGCAGACAGACCAGACUGACUCACUGAUUGGCAGGCAGGCAGGCAGAUAUACAGAUGCUAUCCAUGAGAUAUUACAACGCAGAUGGUAAACUAUAGACUUGCGGACUAAGAGGCGGACGGACGGACGGACGGACUGAGAGGCAAUAUCGGGGUACAGAUUGUGAGACAGGCGACAGCGACUGAAAGACACCAAAGUGUCACGAGCCCUCCGUCACAUCCUACAUGACUGCGGCUGUGAGACAUUAGCACCUCUGGAAGCUAGCAACUACGACGGUUGCUGACAUGGCGGAGUUGAUGCACUCCAUCUCGCUAGACGAGUUCGACCUCCUGCCCAUGGGGUUGAACGACACGUCCGAGCUGGAGGAGAACUCCUCCUCGCCCUGCUGCUACAGCCCCGACUGCCUCGCUCCAUCCCAGAGCUUCCACCGCGUCUUUCUGCCCGUCGUCUACGGCCUCGUGUGUCUCCUGGGCUUCGCGGGCAACGGGCUUAUCCUCGUCGUCCUCACGUGCUUCACCAAGAAGCGCACCUCGUCCGACCUCUACCUGAUGCACCUCGCCGCCGCUGACCUGCUCUUCGUGUUGACCAUGCCCUUCUGGGCGGUCGGCUCGGCCACCGAGUGGGUCUUCGGCAACGUCCUGUGCUGCCUCGUCAACUUCACGUUCACCGUGAACCUGGCCAGCAGCAUCCUCCUGCUCGCCUGCAUCAGCAUCGAGCGCUACCUGGCCAUCGUGCGCGCCACCAAGACGGACAAAGUGCGCAGGAAGUUCGCCACCAAGGUGACGUGUGGGGCGGUGUGGGUCCUCUCACUGCUGCUCGCCGUGCCCGACCUCGUGUUCAGCCACGUGUACACAGCGCCACUGAGCGGCCACCAGCUUUGCGAGCACGUGUAUCCCGAGAGCGCAUCCGAUCUGUGGCGCACGGCGCUGCGCGCUCUGCACCACGUGCUCGCCUUCGCGCUGCCGGGCAUCGUGAUCGUCUUCUGCUACGUCAUGGUGAUCAGGACGCUGUCGCAGCUGCACAACAACGAGAAACGCAAAGCGCUCAAGGUGGUGGUCGCCAUCGUGGCAGCGUUCUUCGUCUGCUGGCUGCCCUACAACGUGGUCACUCUGCUGGACACGCUGAUGAGGCUGGACGCGGUGGUGAACUCCGACUGCGAGAUGGAGCAACGCCUGGGAGUGGCGGUGGCCGUCACGGAGGGCGUCGGCUUUUCCCACUGCUGCUUCAUCCCCGUGCUCUACGCCUUCGUGGGCAAGAAGUUCAAGGAGAACCUGGCGCGGCUGUGGGGCUGCAGGGCGUGCGGGACGCGCGCGGCGUCGUACCGAGAGGGCAAGAGGCAGAGCAGCAGGCGGCCACAUCCCAUCAGCUCCGACUCGGACUUCUCCACGAGCACCAUCCCCGCUAAUUGAGCUCUCCCACGCGCGUUCACCCGCUUCGUGAGCCAACCGCGGGGUGUCCAAUUAAGCGGUGAACUAUUUUGUCUUUUGUCAACGUGACACUUUUUUUUUACUGAUUGGCCGUGUCGGGUGGUGGAGGGUUACGACGCAUUUAUAAAUAACGCGAUCUCACCCCAGAAACGUUGAUUAUGAAUAGUAUUGGUCGCGAAAGCCUGCUACGUGUUAAACAGGGAGGAUACGGUCCAGAGCUCGAUCUCUUUUAUCGGUGACUAGCUGGACUACCCCCGGCUUUGCCCAGGACUUGGAUCAACCACGCCCGGCCGCCUUUGUCUCUCCCCAGUGGCGAUGUUCACACACCACAGCAGUUACUCGUUUGAGGCUGAGUCGACCUAGGGGAGGCCCAAGACCGGUUCAGAUAAUCGCCGCUGGUAUUGACCGUGAGCAGGAAUCGAACUCUGGUCGCUGGGUUCAUAGCGCAGCGCUAACCGCUACACCACCGCUCCCCACACACUACCGCACGCACGCACACAGACACACACCUAACACCACUUCACACAGACACACACGCACCUAACACCACUUCACACAGACACACACGCACCUAACACCACUUCACACAGACACACUACCGCACGCACGCACACAGACACACGCACCUAACACCACUUCACAUAGACACACACGCAUCUAACACCACUUCACACAGACACACAAAAUUCUGGCCUGGACUUUUGCAGCUGUUUUAGACUAAUUUCAGGGUGCUGAUUCCAAAUCUGAUCUCAGAUUUGCUCUAUCACAUCUCAUUUUUAUGCUAUCGGCAUACCCCAUUUUCAUUGAUUUUACCCGAAAUUAACUCUGUCACUUAUGAUUUCAAGUUGUUGCGAGUCAGUGACUGCUUUAGUGUUAAAAUAUGGUGCUGUAUUUUUAGGAUAGUGUUCAUAAUAUAAUUUUAUGUAGUAUCCACAUUUAUUUUAAAUUUUUCUUCUGCAGUUUUUUAUUGAAAAUUCAAUAUUGGAUAUCUCAAAAACCUGAUGUGAUAGACAAAAACUGAUGCCAGAUUUGGAAUCAGCACCCCAAAAUUACCUUAAAACCGUUGGAAUACCUUAUGCCAGAAAAAGUGUGUUGACCAGUGUAAUUCAAUGCAUGCACUGUAUUGUGAGCGGAAUAAUAUUUUGGAGUGAAUUCGAUGCAUCUUUGACAUUAUCAGCCAUCGUCAAUCCGAAGCCCCCCUCCGCCCGCCACGUCUCACGAUCUCUUUGGUCGACGCCCUCUCGGACGCGUUCCAUUCCUUGGCUGCCACUCCGUUAUUAUUCUUGACCCUGAGCGACCUGUCCUGACCAAACCCACUGAAUGUUUCGAACAGUCUGAAUAAUGUCAUGAAUCUGUCUUCUUGAAUCCUCUAUGUAAACUCAAAUAUGCGUUGUUAUACACCUAGUAAAUGUCCUUGUCUUGAAUGCGAGAUAUGUAUAUAUAUUUAAGAUUACUUUAUUUGUCCUAUCUUCUCCACUUUAUGCUGGCUUAAAUUGCACUUAGUAGUUAAAUACGCGAACUGGAAACCCAGUGCGGAAGGGCAUUCACGUGUAUACUUUGGCUAUUAAAUGCUAGACGAUAAUACGUCAUUCUCCACGUUUUAAAACACACUAACCUAUCUAUAUAUCGCUUGCGUAAAAUAAGCUGUCUCCCGAACACCGCGUCACUUGUGCAUGGCCACCCCCACUCUGAUUCUCUCCGCUCUCCCCGCCUCCUGUGAAAACACACGCCUGCUCCAUACAUUCUCUCCUCCCCUCUCAUUCCCCGUCAUUCUUUCUCCCCCUCUCUGCCCGCCGCUAUUCCAGUCUGCUCGCGUGUUGUUACGAAUCCUGGUCUUCACCCACGGACAACUCAAUGUCGUCCUGUCCCGGGUGAGUUCUUCUCACCAUCUCUGCGUUGCCCUUGCUCAGACAUCCUCUGCAGUGACUGCCAACAUCGUCUACCGCGACUCCCUUACGUGGAGCCUCUUCCUCCCUAUUCUGUCAUCUUUCUUGACCAUUGGGUUCCGUUUUCUGGUCCUUUUCCAUCCCUUUACUCUUAUUUCUCGUCUCUACAUUUUCCGUUUUCUUUUCCUAUUCAUUAUAUCCUUGACCCUAUUCCCAUUCCCGCCGUGUGCCACGGGUAAAAUGUUGUAUACAGAUCAAAUGUAAAUAAUAAUGCCAGUUGUAUGCCACGUGUUUUCUCUCUCGUUUAUUUCGUUGUGUAAACAUGCAAAGGGCGAAAAUGUCAAUAAAUGAUUGUGUG